AUGGUUAACUUACUUAUUACUCCAAGGUCGAAGAAUCUCAAGAAAAUUAACUGUGAUACUGAACCAAAUACUAGGGUGCAGGCAAUUAUAAAUGCAUAUGCCAAAGUCAACAAUAUUAAUCCAAACCGCGUGAAGCUCUCUUAUGCAUUUGAUGAUGACCCAAAGACAAAGAAGCAGGUUAGAAAAACGUUGAAAAAUUUUGAAACACUAGAGGAAAAUGGACUUGAUUUUACCCAAACAGAUACUCUCACAGUGGGUGCCAAAGAUGUUGGUCCACAGAUUGGUUGGAGACUGGUGUAUUUCAUUGAGUAUUUGGGACCGGUCUUGAUUCACUCACUUAUAUAUUAUGGAUUGUAUAAUCCAACAUAUAAUACCUUAACACAGAAGGCUGCCUACAUUAUGACUUUACUUCACUAUCUUAAAAGGGAGUACGAGACUCUUUUCGUUCAUUUGUUUUCUGCCGACACCAUGCCACUGUCAUAUUUAUUUAGAAACUGUGGUCAUUAUUGGAUCUUCAAUGGUCUAUUGAUGGCAUACUCAAUGUAUGCACCACAAUCGGUCGAGUACACUGGUUACAAAAAGAUUCUUUUCCACGUUGAGGAUAGAACUGUGGAUCAAACAGAGAUAUUUGCAACUCUUUGGGUUCUCUGUGCAAUUUCAAACUUUUACUGUCAUUGGCUGUUGAGGCAGCUCCGUUCAGAUGGCUCAAGAGAGCACAAAAUUCCACACGGAUUUCUGUUCGAAUACGUGUCAUUUCCUAACUAUUUCUUUGAAUCACUUUGUUGGCUUAUAUUUGCCAUUUAUGUGAACAAUUGGUCGGCGUACUUAUUCUACGUUAUUGGUACCGGUACCAUGAUGGACUGGGCCAUAAAGAAGCACCACAAAUAUAUCAAGGAGUUUGGUGACAAGUAUCCGAAGGGAAGAAAGGCUAUGAUUCCGUUCAUAUUCUAG